UAAAAAUAUUCAAUUGUAAAGUACUAAUAGUCUCCCAAGUUGCAUGAAACUCUAAGUUUCACAAUUCCUUCUUGGUAUUGUGAUAUACAAGCACAUAGCAUUGUUUUUUAAAGUAGGGGAAGGGUCAGCCGGGGUUCACUUCACACUUGCAAUAGAAUUGUUGACAAACAAUAAAGUACUUCUGUCCAAAUCUCAUUAUCUUAUAAAUCGUAGGAGGGAGGGGGGGGGGCAAAGAUUAGUUCACUACACGUAUUCUUCAAUUCAGCACUUCCCGUGGGGAUCCGGGUUAGAGUAGGUACUCAGUAGCCCUUGCUUGUCAUAAUGGGGCAGUCCUUCGGAUGACACCCCAAAAUCCGAGGUCCCGUGUCACAGCAGGUGUGGCACGAAAAAGAUCCCCCUGCUCAUAGACUGUAAGCACUGAACAUAGGCCUAAAUUUUGCAGCCCUUCACCAACAAUGGUGACGUCUCCAUAUUCAGUGAAAUAUUCUCGAGAGGGACGUUAAACAAUAUAUUUAAUUCAUCAAUCAAUUCAGCACUUCAAACAUCAACUGCCUUUCAUUACUAUUUUUAAAAAUGGGGAGGAGGCAGCAAAUCAAUCGAACUUUGCAUGUAGAAAAUAUGGGAUUUGUGUGUUAAAAUAACGAAAAAGUAAAUAGUAAAAAGGGGAUAGACCAGGCACCCUGCCCACCCCAACUCCCCUGUUUUAACGUGCCUGGUAUAACAUUCACACAAAGAGAUUUCUUCAGUAGAAUACAAUUAUCUGAGCACAAUAAUUUAAUUCUAAAAGUUUCCUUCUUUGUAUAUGUGAUUAAUGAUUAUCCACAACAAUCAGCAAAUUUCAUAUUAAAUUCCUAUAAAGUCACACAGAAAAAAUAACGGGGAAACCUGUACAUGUAUUUUGUUGUCUUUCGGUUUUUUUUUUUUUUUUAGAGGCGAAAAGUUGCUAAUUAUCGUUUUGUCGUCUUUUCACCUCCAAAUAACGAAAAGACGACAAAUUCUAAAACGGUACAAAUCAGUCACCAUCCGUAACCCAAUUUCAUUUUAAAAGUAAUCCUGGAAACACUCUGUUUGAAUUUGUGAAUUUUAGCGCGCUAUUUUGCAUCUUUAUCAAUCUCGAUCACUUGAAAGUUUAUCAUAACAUAAUGAUGUUUGCACAUAACAUAAUGAUGUUUGCACAUAACAUAAUGAUGUAACCACAUAACAUAAUGAUGUAACCACAUAACAUAAUGAUGUAACUACAUAACAUAAAGAUGUAUCGACAUAACGUAAGGCUGAAUUACACUAUAAGACAGAAAGGGUGUUCCAUAUGAAGGCGUCAGUCCCAAUAUCCAGCCGAGUUGAAUCUCAACCGAGAUUACAGCGUAUGUGUAUGCAACCGUGGUAAAAAUAUCACUGAUCUUUUCCCAUCAUAAUCGGUCAAAACGCGACACCGCAUCUGAGGCAAACAAACAAACAAAAAAGAAGAAAAAGACGAUGAGCAGUGGAGAAAGCGUUUCUUGUAACAUCAAUAGUAUGUCUGGAAGAGAUCCUCCACAGCAUUACCGCCCUCUGUUGAGUGAGGAUGAGGAGUUCAUCAGCUAUGAUGACAAGGACUCUGAACAACAUUACUUUAGGCGGAAGAAUAUGAGGAGGAGUAAGCGGGUAUGUUGUUUCCUGAUUCUGCUGAUAGUAAUUGUUACCCUGGUAACGCUGCUAAUUGUCGUGCUUUGGGAUGAUGACGAGAGUAACAAGUCCGAUUUUCCAAUUUCUGGAACUAAACUUGGAAAAUUUAGAAAAGCAGCCAUAGCAUCAGAUAGCAAAGUGUGCUCAGAUAUUGGCAAGAAUAUUUUACGUAAUGAAGGUUCGGCAGUGGAUGCAGCCAUUGCCAUUUUGUUGUGCUAUGGCGUGGUUAAUCCUGUAAGCAGUGGGAUUGGAGGGGGGUUCUUCAUGACGGUGUAUGAUAGUAAGAGUGGAACAGCCUCAGUGAUUAAUGCUAGAGAAUCUGCACCAUUGGAUUCCACUGAAACUAUGUAUGAAAAGAUUCACAAUUCAUCAGAAUAUGGUGGACUUAGUAUAGCGGUUCCUGGAGAAAUUAAAGGAUACAUGGAGGCUUGGAAUAAAUGGGGAAAGCUACCUUGGAAGGAUUUGUUUAAGGAAAGUAUCGAUUUAGCUGAAAAUGGGUUUCGGAUCACCAAACAUCUGGCAGAAAAGAUGGAAUCUGCCGAGAAAGUUCUCAGAUUGGAUGAAGACACAUGGAGACACUACUCGAAUCCCCAAACUAAAAAAAUGCUGAAAGAGGGAGACAUGAUUAAGUUUCCAGAAUUGGCGGAAACUUACAAGAAACUGGCAGCAAAUGGUGGUCAGGCCUUUUAUAAUGUAACAGAGGGAAGUCUAGGAUUUGAUAUUUUACAAGAUCUCAAAGAAAAGAAAUCUAUAAUAAGAGAAGAAGACCUUACACAGUACAAUGCAAAAAUAGAAGAACCGCUGAAAGUAACGAUGAAGGAUGGGAGUGUCCUUUACA